GACCUCUGCGGCGUGUCAGAGGGUCUUCGGACAAAAGAUUGGUGACAUCGUAACCGUCGGCACACAGCUGUAAGAAACAAACAUUGUUCCGGGCAGAGAACAUCACAAGUUUUCUGGAUCUGAGAAGAAACCAGAAUGUGACGGUGUGAACGGGAAAAUGCUGGAAUCAGGAGACACAUGCGGCUGCAGGCAGCUGUCUUGUGUUCUCCACACGUCUCUUGACUGACAGCUCCAGCUGAAAGACAAAAAUAUCCUCAGGACCUCCAACGAGAAGCUUUACCGACGGAAGAACCCAUUCAGAUGAAACACAGAGAUCGUUUAUCACAGAUUACAGUUAAUAAAAUGUCCUGCGGGAUUUACUCCUCGUACUGAUUCAUGUCCUCUCCACAGACACUUUGGGCUCCUGGACGUCCGUCCGGUCUGUGGUUUCGGGGUGUCGUCUAACACCCCCGUGGGUAACUCUGAGGUGGUACGGCUGGAGGGGUCAGCUGUUUUAUGAAGUGCUUCUGGAAUCUCAGCUGCCAAGUAAAAGCCGAUUGACUGUGUGAAGACGGACCCGGACGGCAGAUAUGGAGUUUGUGGAAGUAUUUGACUCUCCAGGAAAAGGCCGAGGUCUGCGGGCCACUAAAGAACUCUGGGCUGGAGAUGUUCUGUUCUCUGAAGCUCCCUUUGCUUCGGUGGUGUUUGACAGUCAUGCGGCCUGCGUCUGUCACGGUUGUUUUCGGCGUCAGGAGAAGCUGCAGCGCUGCGGUCAGUGCAGGUUUGCGCAGUACUGUGACAGAACGUGUCAGCGGGCGGCCUGGGAGGAACACAAGCUCGAGUGUGCCGCCAUCAAGAACUACGGCAAAGCACCCAGUGAGAAUGUCCGUCUCGCCGCUCGUGUCAUGUGGCGGACAGAUAAAGAGGGCAGUGUAGUGUCAGACCUGCAGCUGAGCACCAUGGAUGAGCUGGAAGAUCACAUCUCUGACAUGUCUGAGGAGGACAUGAAGGACCUUAAAGUGGACAUCCACAAUUUCUUGGACUUCUGGCCUCGUUCCAGCAAACCGCACACAGUACACAGCAUUUCACACGUCCUCGGAGUGAUCAACUGUAACGGAUUUAUGAUGAGUGACCAGAGGGGGCUUCAGGCGGUGGGUGUGGGCUUGUUUCCAAACCUGUGUCUGAUCAAUCACGACUGCUGGCCCAACUGCACCGUUAUACUCAACAACGGCAAUCAGUCGGCUAUUGAUACAGCGUUUCACUCUCAGAAGAGAAUCGAGCUGCAUGCGCUGGGUAAGAUCAGUCCCGGAGAGGAGGUGAACGUGUCUUACGUGGAUUAUCUGAACCUGUCAGAAGAUCGCAGACGUCUCCUGAAGCAGCACUAUUUCUUCGACUGUACCUGUGAACACUGCACCAACAAAACCAAAGAUGAUCUGAAGAUGGCCGGAGCCGAGGUGGAGGGAGUCCCGGUACCAGAAGAGAACGUGAAAGAAAUAACGGAAAUCAGUCUGAAGAUGCUGGAGAAGAUGGAACAGGCUCGUGUAGAUGCCAACUACAACGAGGUGGUGAAGAUCUGUCGGGAGUGUGUGGAGAAGCAGGAGAAUGUUCUGGCGGACACACACAUCUAUCAGCUGAAGAUGUGGAGCACGCUCAGUGAGGUUCUCUCUUACCUGCAGUUCUUCGAGGAGGCAGCUUUCUACGCUCGCAAGAUGGUGGAGGGAUACUUAAAGUUGUACCAUCCGAAUAACGCCCAGCUGGGAAUGGCCACAAUGAGAGCGGGAGUGACGCACUGGCAGGCUGGACACAUCGAGGUCGGUCAUGGAAUGAUCUGCAAGGCCUACGCCAUCCUGAUGAUCACACACGGGCCCACCCAUCCCAUCACCAAAGACCUGGAGGCCAUGCGUGUGCAGACAGAGAUGGAGCUGCGCAUGUUUAAACAGAACGAGUACAUUUAUCACCAGAUGCGUGAGGCGGCGCUGCAGAACCAGCCCAUGAGGAUGAUGGCCGAGCCACUCAAUGAGAGCAUCAAAAGCCUGUUCCGCAGGAAGUGACAUCAUCAUCCCUCCACACACUGGACACCCUCAGGUCAACGGUCAUCUUUAGACCUCUCUGCAUUUAGACAUUUAUUGCCUGCACAAAUGUUGAUCAUUAAUCAAACAAGAACACCUCGUUUUUUUUCAACUUUGUGUUUGAUUUUUAUAAAUAAAGCUUUAUCGGGUUUGGAUGUAUAAAGUGGGUUAAUUUUUGUUGUUCUUAACGGGAGGAAAUUCUUAUUGCAACUGUUCUCUUUUUGUGCUCAGAUUCAUCGUUAAGAGACAUCUUUGCUGAGACCGUUUCUCAAUGAUGUUUAUUAUAUUGUUGUUUAAGAAAGGGGUGUUCAAACUUUAGGAUGCCAAGGACCCCCAAAUAUGAUACCUUUUGUGAGGGACCCCCUUGUCUAAAAUAUGUGUAAAUUUAUAUUUUUUCUGUGUGAAGAAACGUUUUAAAUGUGUUAGAUAAUAAAUAGGAUGUUAUUAAGACAACACAUUGUUUUUAAACCUCAAUAGUCGGCAACAAUUUCACUUUGAGUCCCAAAAAAGAAACAAUUGUGAGAAAAACUUUCUAGAAAGAUUCAAACAUAAACAAUUCUGGAAAACUAUCAAUAGCAAAUAAAAGCAGAUAAACACUG